CCAUUUCUCUCUCUCUCGACAUUAAUGGUGACCUGGUUGGGUAGCUGAGCCUCGUUCGGCUGCGCUGGCCGCUCGCUCGCGCCGGAGAAGAGGACCGUGUCGCGAGCAUAAGCUAGCAUCCGUAGCCUCUUGGAGCGGAAGAAGAGAGGAAACCGGCCAGGCGGAGGAGUGGAGGAGAUGGGGGAGGGGAACGGGACGGCGUGGGCGGGGGCGCUGUCGCCGGCGGCGCGGUACGCGGAGACGGGAGGGGCGAGCCUCACAUGGGAGAACCUCACGGCCGUGCUGCCGGGCUCCGGCGGCCGUGCGACCAAGAAGCUCUUGCAGGGCCUCUACGGCUACGCGGUGCCCGGUAGAAUCGUCGCCAUCAUGGGGCCGUCCGGCUCCGGCAAGUCCACCCUCCUCGACUCCCUCUCAGGGAGGCUGGCGAGGAAUGUGCUCCAGACCGGCAAGGUGCUGCUCAACGGCAAGAAGAGGCGACUCGACUUUGGCGCCGUGGCAUACGUGACACAAGAGAACGUGUUGCUGGGCACACUGACCGUCCGGGAGACGGUGACCUACUCGGCGCUGCUACGGUUGCCAUCGAGUAUGUCCAAGGCGGAGGUGCGCCGCGUCGUCGACGACACACUCAACGAGAUGGGCCUCCGGGAGUGUGAGGACCGUCCCAUCGGCACAUGGCACCUCCGGGGCAUCAGUGGCGGCGAGAAGAAGCGGCUGUGCAUCGCGCUGGAGAUCCUCACCCGGCCGCGCCUCCUCUUCCUCGAUGAGCCCACCAGUGGGCUCGACAGUGCCUCCGCCUUCUCCGUCAUUGAGACGCUCCGCACACUCGCCAUCGAUGGCGGGCGAACCAUUAUCUCAUCGGUGCACCAACCCAGCAGUGAGGUCUUCGCUCUCUUUGAUGACCUCUGUCUCCUCUCCAGUGGUGAGACAGUCUACUUCGGAGACGCCAAGCUUGCACCACAGUUCUUCGCAGAAACCGGGUUCCCCUGCCCGAGCCGGAGGAACCCAUCUGAUCACUUCCUCCGGUGCGUUAAUUCUGACUUCGAUGAUGUCGCAACAGCCUUGAAAGGAUCCAUGAAGCUGCGAGCAGAGGCAGAUCUUGAUCCCCUGUUGAAGUACACAACUUCAGAAAUCCGAGAGCGCCUCGUGGACAAGUACAGGAUCUCGGACUAUGCCAUGAUGGUUAGGAGUACAAUACACGAGAUAAGCAAAAUAGAGGGUGUGUUGGAGGAGGUAGUGAAAGGCAGCCAAGCAACCUGGUUCAAGCAGCUGCGCACGCUAACGAAGCGGUCCUACACCAACAUGUACCGUGACUUCGGGUACUACAGGCUGCGCAUUAUCAUCUACGUCCUGAUGGCCAUCUGCCUCGGCACCAUCUACUAUGACGUUGGCAAUGGCUACACAGCCAUCCAGGCGCGCGCCUCAUGCGGUGGUUUUGUUUCCGGCUUCAUGACCUUCAUGUCCAUCGGCGGCUUCCCCUCCUUCAUCGAGGAGAUGAAGGUUUUCUCCCUCGAGCGACAGAACGGCCACUACGGCGUCGCCGCCUACAUCAUAUCCAACUUCCUCUCCUCCAUGCCGUUCCUGUUGACCAUGUCCUGGGCCAGCGCCUCCAUCACAUACUGGAUGGUGAAGUUCCGGCCAGGAUUCAGCUACUUUGCCUUCUUCGCCCUCAACCUCUACGGUGGUGUCUCCGUCAUCGAGAGCCUCAUGAUGAUCAUCUCUGCCCUGGUGCCCAACUUCCUCAUGGGCCUCAUCCUUGGCGCUGGCGUCAUUGGGAUCAUGAUGUUGACGUCUGGAUUCUUCCGGCUGCUCCCAGAACUUCCCAAGAUAUUCUGGAAAUACCCGGUGUCCUACAUUGUCUAUGGAUCGUGGGGUUUGAAGGGUGCAUACAAGAACGACCUUCUAGGGCUGGAGUUCGAGCCGAUGACGCCAGGGGGAGACAAGCUGACCGGCGAGUACAUCAUCACCAACAUGAUGGGGCUGAGCGUCAGCUACUCAAAGUGGCUUGACCUCGCCAUGAUCUUCAUCCUCCUCCUCGCCUACCGGAUCACCUUCUUCUUAGUCCUUAAGGUCAAGGAGGCUGCCGCGCCCUACAUCCGUGUCGCCUACACGCAGUUCACCGUCAAGCGCCUGGAGCGGCGAGCUUCCUUCAGGGAGUCGCUGGCCAUGACGUCGUUGUCCAAGCGGCACAACACGCCGCACCCCAUGGCCAUCCAGGAGGGGCUCAAUUCCCCUAUGCAGUACUGAUCAGUCGAUGCAAGUGGGAAGCAGAGAAAUUGGCCGGUAGUUGAUUUGGCCAUUACUUACAGCAAGAUGAUAGGCGUGCGUCUGUCACGAUUACUUGUGUAUGCGUUUCUUGUUCGUUUUGCUUGCAGCCCGCUGCAACCUGCAAGUCCAUAAAGAUACGGAUAGUGUAUUCUUUAAAAGUUUGGUUUUACUGUAAGAAGUCGCUGUAACCAAUACACAUACAAGAUAAUGUUACAUGUCCUGCUUGUU